GCUUCACCGGUCCGUUAAACGAGUUGUACCGUGCCGAAAAUACUAAACACGUUACAUCCGGUUGUGUUGAUAUCUCCGCAGCAGCAAUAAUGGCAGCGUUUUCUGAAAUGGGGGUUAUGCCUGAAAUUGCGCAGGCCGUGGAGGAGAUGGACUGGCUGUUGCCAACAGACAUCCAGGCAGAGUCUAUUCCCCUUAUUCUUGGUGGAGGAGAUGUUCUCAUGGCAGCAGAAACUGGCAGUGGCAAAACAGGAGCCUUCAGUAUUCCAGUCAUCCAGAUUGUGUAUGAGACCCUGAAGGACCAGCAGGAGGGCAAAAAGGGAAGAGCCUCCGUCAAGACUGGUGGAGCUAUUUUCAACAACUGGCAGAUGAAUCCUUAUGAUCGCAGCACAGCCUUUGCAAUCGGUCCAGAUGGCCUGUGCUGCCAGAGCAGAGAGUUUAAAGAGUGGCAUGGCUGUCGAUCUACAAAAGGUGUCACCAAAGGAAAGUACUGCUAUGAGGUUACCUGCCAUGACCAGGGACUGUGUCGCAUUGGCUGGUCCACCAGUCAGGCAGCGCUGGACUUGGGAACUGAUAAGUAUGGAUUCGGUUUUGGUGGGACUGGAAAAAAAUCCAACAACAAGCAGUUUGACAGCUAUGGAGAGGAGUUCACUAUGCAUGACACCAUUGGAUGCUACCUGGAUCUCGAAAAGGACCAGAUGUCCUUCUCUAAAAAUGGUAAUGACCUGGGUGUGGCGUUUGACAUCCCUCAACAUGUGAAGAAUCAACCUUUCUUUGCUUCCUGUGUGCUGAAGAAUGCAGAGCUGAAGUUUAACUUUGGAGGAGAAGCGUUUAAACAUCCCCCAAAGACUGGAUUUGUUGCUCUGGAUCAGGCACCCGAGGGACACGCAGUUAAAUCUUCUCAGACAGGCAGCGCCAAAGUGACUCAGGUGAAAGCUGCAUCCAACGCACCCAAAGCUCUGAUCAUCGAGCCAUCCAAAGAACUGGCUGAGCAAACCCUCAACGUUGUCAAGCAGUUCAGGAAAUUUGUUGAUAACCCCAAACUGAGGGACCUACUGGUGAUUGGUGGUGUGGCUGCCAAAGAUCAGUUGGCUGCUCUGGAGCAGGGGAUUGACAUAGUUGUGGGAACACCCGGCAGACUGGACGAUCUCAUCUCCACUGGGAAACUAAGCCUGUCCCAAAUCCGCUUUCUAGUCCUGGAUGAGUGUGACGGCCUGCUGUCUGCAGGUUAUACUGACUUCAUAAACAGGAUCCAUAACCAAAUCCCUCAAGUCACCUCUGACGGCAAAAGACUGCAGGUGAUUGUUUGUUCUGCCACUCUGCAUUCAUUUGAUGUGAAGAAGCUGUCCGAGCGAAUCAUGCACUUUCCCACUUGGGUGGACCUGAAGGGGGAGGACUCUGUCCCUGAAACAGUCCACCAUGUGGUAGUGCCUGUUAAUCCAAAAAGCGACCGCCUCUGGGAGCGAUUGGGCAAGAACCACAUCCGGACUGAUGAAGUCCAUGCCAAAGAUAACACCAGACCUGGAGCCAAUUCUUCUGAGAUGUGGUCAGAAGCCAUCAAGCUGCUGAAGGGCGAGUACAUAGUGAGGGCCAUCAAAGAGCACAAGAUGGACCAGGCCAUCGUCUUCUGUCGCACCAAGAUCGACUGUGACAACAUGGAACAGUACUUCAUUCAGCAAGGAGGAGGUCCAGACAGUAAAGACCACCAGUUGUCCUGUGUUUGUCUCCAUGGUGAUCGCAAGCCAAAUGAGCGGAAGACUAACCUGGAGCGUUUCAAGAGGAAAGAAGUGAGGCUCCUGAUCUGCACAGAUGUAGCUGCCAGAGGAAUUGAUAUCCACGGAGUUCCUUAUGUCAUCAACGUCACACUGCCUGAUGAGAAGCAAAACUACGUCCAUCGUAUCGGAAGAGUUGGCAGAGCAGAGAGAAUGGGACUGGCCAUCUCCCUGGUUGCUAUGGAGAAGGAGAAGGUUUGGUACCAUGUUUGCCCAAACAGAGGCAGGGGCUGCUACAACACCCGGCUGAAGGAGGACGGCGGUUGCACCAUCUGGUACAACGAAAAAGAGCUCUUAUCAGAUAUUGAGGAGCAUCUCAAGUGCACCAUCACCCAGUGUGAACCCGACAUCAAAGUACCUGUGGAUGAUUUCGACGGAAAGGUCUCUUAUGGUCAGCGCAAAGCAUUGGGAGGUGGUAACUACAAGGGGCAUGUGGAUGUUCUGGCCCCAACAGUCAAGGAGCUGGCGAGCCUCGAGAGAGAAGCCCAGAGUUCCUUCCUCCACCUGGGUUACAUGCCAAACCAGCUUUUCAGAGCCUUCUAAAAAAAAAAAAAAAAACCUAACAUCACUGUAGGCUGCUGAGACAAAAUACAAAAAACAGAAUUUUCAAACCUUCUGCUUAGAUGUAAACAAAGAAAAUAAGUCAAAGAACUUAUUUGAAAUGAUGAAUUAAAGAUGGCAAAAUUACAAUAUUUCACUUGGUAUAAAAACUCAGAAGCAGUUGGUAUCCAGAAAACAAACACACUACCAAUUUCUUUGUUGUCCUGUUAUUUCUUUUCUUUUAAAUUUUGGUGCAUAAUUUGUACUUUUGGUGAAGAAAGCUUGUAAGCAGUCAGUAACUUAUCUUGUUAAGACUGUUUCCCUUAUUGUAAGGACUUCCUCUUGAAUUCUUUAACUUCAGAGCAUGAAACAAUAUUGGCAGGUAAAUCGUUGACAUGUCAUGCAAAGCCUAAUUUGUUUUGUUUUCUUAUUAAUACGAUUGAAAUGAAUAUUUAAGUUAACCUAUGGAGAUAUUGGCUGAAAUGUCGUUGUAUAUAAGUGGGCUGAUGUUUUUUUCUGAAAUAAAUUUUAGU